AUGGUUCCCAAGAGAAGGCCGUCAAAAUUGGAGGAUAAAGAAAGCCUGACAGAAGAGGCUUCCAAAGCCAGCCAGCCACUUUCCAAGAAGACAAAGAAGUCUCAUAUUCACAAUGAAGUGGAAGAAAACGACAAUGUUUUUAUAAAGCUUCUUAAAACAUCAGGAGUUAUUCUUAAAACAGGAGAGAGUCAGAAUCAACUAACUGUGGAUCAAAUUGUUUUCCAAAAGAAGCUCUUUCAGACUCUGAGGAAACAUCCUUCUUAUCCCCAAAUAAUAGAAGAAUUUGUUAGUGGCCUGGAAUCCUACAUCGAGGACCAAGACAGUUUCAGGAACUGCCUUUUGUCUUGUGAACGUCUGCAGGAUGAGGAAGCCAGCAUGGGCGCAUCUUAUUCUAAGAGCCUCAUUAAAUUGCUUCUGGGAAUUGACAUAUUACAGCCUGCCAUUAUCAAAACCUUAUUUGAAAAGUUGCCAGAAUUUCUUUUUGAAAAUGUGAACAGUGAUGGACUUAACAUGCCCAGACUCAUCAUCAGUCAGCUGAAAUGGCUUGACAAAAUUGUGGAUGGCAAGGAUCUCACCACCAAGGUCAUGCAGCUGAUCAGUAUUGCUCCACUGUACCUGCAGCAUGACUUUGUUACCAGCCUACCUGAGAUCCUAGGGGAUUCCCAGCAUGGUGAUGUGGGGAAAGAACUGAGUGACCUUUUGAUGGAGAAUACUUCACUCACUGUUCCUAUCUUGGAUGUCCUUACCAGCCUCCGACUUGACCCAAAGCUCCUGUCUCAGGUCCGCCAGUUGGUGAUGGGUAAGCUGUCAUCUGUCUCAUUGGAUGAUUUACCUGUGAUAAUCAAGUUCAUUCUUCAUUCUGUAACAGCCACAGAUGCACUUGAGGUAAUUUCUGAGCUGCGGGAGAAGUUGGAUCUGCAGCAUUUUAUUUUGCCAUCAUGGUUUCAUGCCUCACAAAGCAAGUUGAAAAAUAAAGGACGACAAAGUUCUUCAGGAAAUCAAGAAAACAGCGGUCAGGACUGUGUUACUCUCUUCUUUGAUGUAAUAAAGUCGGCUGUUAGAUAUGAGAAAAUCAUUUCAGAAGCCUGGAUUAAGGCAAUUGAAAGCACUGCCUCAGAGUCUGAACACAAGAUUUUCGACAUGGCAAUACUUUUCAUCAUCUAUAGCACCAAUACUCAGGUAAAGAAGUAUGUUGAGAGGGUGCUAAGAAAUAAGAUUCGAUCAGGCUGCUUUGAAGAACAGCUGCUACAGAGUACAUUCUAUAUUCAUUACAUGGUCCUUAAGGAUAUUUGUCCAUCCAUUCUGUCGCUGGCUCAGAGUUUCGUGCACUCCCUAGACCAGAGUAUCAUUUUGUUUGGCAGUCUCCUCUACAAAUAUGCAUUUAAUUUUUUUGACACUUACUGCCAGCAGGAAGUGGUUGGUGCCCUAGUGACCCAUAUCUGCAGUGGGAAUGAAGUUGAAGUGGAUACUGCUUUGGAUGUCCUCCUAGAGUUGGUAGUUCUAAAUCUAUCUGCUAUGAGGCUGAAUGCCAUCUUUGUGAAGGGCAUUUUAGAUUAUCUGGAUAAUAUGUCCCCUCGGCAGAUACGAAAACUCUUCUAUAUUCUGAGCACACUGGCAUUUAGCAAACAGCAUGAAGCCAGCAGUCACAUCCAGGAUGAUAUGCACCUGGUGAUACGAAAGCAGCUCUCUAGCACCAUAGUCAGAUACAAACUCAUUGGUAUUAUUGGUGCUGUCACCAUGGCUGGCAUCAUGGCGGCAGAGAGAACUAGAUCUUCAAGUUUGACCCAAGGGAGAACAGACGUGAGCAGUGAACAGUACACGCAGGUGACCUCGUUGCUGCAGUUGGUUCAUUCCUGCAGUAAGCAGUCUCCCCAGGCGUCCGCACUGUAUUAUGAUGAAUUUGCUACUCUGAUCCAAAGAGGAAAUCUGGCUCCAAAAGCCUUGGAAUGGGUUGGGCAGACCAUCUUUAAUGAUUUCCAAGAUGCCUUUGUGGUGGACUUCUGUGCUUUUCCAGAAGGUGACUAUCCAUUUCCUGUGAAAGCUCUCUAUGGACUAGAAGAAUACAGUAGUCGUGAUGGGAUCGCCAUCAACCUCCUGCCACUGUUGUACUCUCAGGACUUUGCAAAAGAUGGGGGUAGAAUGACUUCACAGGAAUCAGACCAAAAAUUGGUGUCUCCGUUGUGCCUGGCUCCCUAUUUCCGGUUACUGAGGCUUUGUGUGGAGAAACAACAUAAUGGAAGCUUGGAGGAGAUUGAUGGUUUAUUAGAUUGUCCUAUAUUCCUCACUGACUUGGAGCCUGGAGAGAGGUUGACAUCCAUGUCUUUUAAAGAGCACUCAUUCAUGUGUUCACUCAUGUUUCUUACUCUCAACUGGUUCCGAGAGGCUACAGAAGUUGUGCAACUUCAGCCCCCUGAGCUACUUUUCUUGCUGGAAGAUCUCUCCCAGAAGCUGGAGAAUAUGCUGAUACCUUCUGUUGCCAGGAGAAUCCCCUUCCUCAAGAGUAAAGGACACCGAAAUAUUGGAUUCUCACAUCUCCAUCAGAGAUCUGCCCAACAAAUUGUACAUAAUGUUGUUCAACUGCUGACUCCAAUGUGUAACCAUCUGGAGAACAUUCACAACUAUUUUCAGUGCUUAUCUGCUGAGAAUCAAAGUGUAGUUGAUGGACCAGGAAUGAAAGUUCAGGAGUACCACAUAAUGUCUUCAUGCUAUCAGAGGCUACUGCAGAUUUUUCAUGCUCUUUUUGCUUGGAAUGGAUUUUUCCAGCCUCAUUGUGUUCAUUUACUGUACUCAGCCCUUGAGGUCCUUACUAACCGACUGAAGCAAGGAGAACCUGACCAGGCCUUGGAGGAAUUGCUCAGCCAGAGCUUCAAUUACUUGCAGAAUUUCUCUCACAGCAUUCCCAGUUUCCAGUGUGCUCUUUAUCUCAUCAGACUUUUGAUGGUCAUUUUGGAGAAAUCUACAGCUACUAAGAACAAAGAAAAAAUUGCUUCAUUAGCCAAACAGUUCCUCUGUCGUGUAUGGCCAAGUGGGGAGAAAGAGAAGAGCAGCAUCUCUACUGAGCAGCUCCAUACUUUGCUCAGCAUCUACCUGGAGCAUACAGACAGUGUUCUGAAGGCCAUAGAGGAGAUUGCUGGGGUUGGUGUCCCAGAACUGAUCAGUUCUCCUAAAGAUGGAUCUUCCUCCACAUUCCCCACCCUAACCAGGCACACCUUUGUCAUUUUCUUCCGAGUGAUGAUGGCUGAACUAGAGAAGACAGUGAAAGGUCUUCAGGCUGGCACAGCAGCAGACUCGCAACAGAUUCAUGAAGAGAAGCUCCUCUACUGGAACAUGGCUGUUCGAGACUUCAGUAUCCUCAUCAACCUAAUAAAGGUGUUUGAUAGUCGUCCUGUUCUGCAUGUAUGUUUGAAGUAUGGACGUCUCUUUGUGGAAGCAUUUCUGAAGCAGUGUAUGCCACUCCUAGACUUCAGUUUUAGAAAACACCGGGAAGAUGUUCUGAGCUUACUGGAAACCUUCCAAUUGGAUACAAGGCUGCUUCAUCAUCUGUGUGGGCAUUCCAAGAUUCACCAGGACAUGAAACUCACCAAACACGUGCCUUUGCUCAAAAAGACGCUGGAGCUGUUAGUUUGCAGAGUGAAAGCCAUGCUCAUCUUCAACAAUUGCAGGGAGGCUUUCUGGCUGGGCAACCUCAAAAACCGGGACUUGCAGGGUGAAGAGAUACUAUCCCAGAAUUCCCAGGAGAGCACAGCCGAGGAGAGUGAGGAUAAUACAACAUCCCAGGUCUCCAAGAGCAAAGCAACAGAGGAUGGUGAAGAUGAAGUAAGUGAUGGAGAAAAGGAGCAAGAUAGUGAUGAGAGUGCUGAUGACUCCGAUUAG